ACUAACUAUGCGUUCUCUUUGGUUAGUUCAAAAUUCACACAUUUUGCGACUGCCUCUAGCACCGCCGGCGCCAAAGUAAGAUUGUUCUCGAACUUUAGUUUUCAAUUUAAAAAUUUUCAAAACCCGAGCAGGUAAUAGCAGCAAGUACAGAAUGCAUAACUUAAUGAACCAUUUAAACGACUAUGAGUAUCUGCGGAGGAAAAGACCAAAUGGUAUUUGGGAACGGCGCUACAUAAGGAAUGUAAUUUUUCAAAUGUUACGAAAGCUAAGGCCAUAUAAUACAGUGCCUCAAGAAUUAGACUUGAUGGUAAGAUACAUUGUGCACAUUUCUUUGAUUGAAACAAACUGGCUGACUGUAGCCAGCAUUCUGAUGGACGCUAUGCCCACUUGUCCUUACACAAAAGUAGUGAUUGCACUUAUUAUACGCAACAUACCGAGUCCCAAUGCGUACACAGUUAGCACGCUGCUGAAUGACAGAUUCCAUCUGUCUCAACGCCGCGCGGUGGCGGCCAGCAUCCCCGUUAGAGUUGAGAAGAAUAUCUGCAUUGUGCUCAACUGCUUAGCGGAGAAAUUAGUUGGCACAAACAGUACAGUAAUAUUCACGGACAAUGUGUGCAGCUACUUAUGCCACAUUUUUAUAAACAGCAGAUAUCACAAUGACCUGGAGCUACAGAUGAGGGCUCUACUGGCUCUUGAAAAAUUCUCUGUCAUUAGAGAGAACAAGACGAUGAUAGUGCAAAGACUGGAACUGCUGAACAGUAAUCAUUUAUCAGGUUUGGAGAAGUACUUAACGAAUAUCGCUGGGGAAGAAAUUCGCCGUGAGGUUGGAUAUUGCGCCAGAUGGGCAUUGGAUAAUAUCUUUCCAAAACCAGGCAGACAAUUAUCCUACGAUACUGUAGACCUAUCAGCAGUAAAUUGCAUGUUUAAAAAUGAAAGUGGAAAUAUUUAUAUUAAGUACUCGCCUGAUCUCAUGGAAAUUCGAAAUGAUACCAUUUGUCCUCAAACACUUCACGGGACCUCUGAGGUGGAUGGAGGUUUAUGGUUUUACGAGGUCAAGCUGAUCACCGACGGCUCCAUAACAGUUGGUUGGGGAAGUACCGGCGCUAACACGGAAAUAUCAGUUGGAGAUGAAGAACGUUCAUUGGGAUACGAAGGCAACAAGAUGACAUUUUGGUAUCAUGGUAAAGCCUAUGGCAUUUCCCUGACAAGGUGGAGGGCGGAUGAUGUUUUAGGAUGCCUCCUCGAUAGUUCAGAAAAGACGAUCUCCUUCUUUCUGCAUGGCGCAGAGUCUUCAAUAACUUGCUUUGACUUCUUUUCUCCCUCGAACACACCGAAGAAAUACUUCCCGGCCAUUACAAUGACGGCCUUCCAACAGUGCGAGGUAAACUUCGGGCAGGUGCGGUUCCGCAGCGCGCCGGUGGGUUCUCGCUUCGACGCCCUCAACACUGUCGGUCACCUGACGCCUCAGCAGAGGAUGAUCUACGGGAUGCCGAGGCACGCGAUGCAGCAGCAGCAGGCGACGUACAACGCGAGCGAGGACGCGUGCGACAUCUGCUGCGACCUCGUCGCUGACGUCACGCUGCACCCCUGCGGUCAUCGUACACUUUGUCAUGCCUGCUCGAUGAAAAUCUUGGUGUGCCCUGUGUGUAGAGCUGAUAUCGCGGAACGACGUUAAAUUUAUUUGUUUUUACUUAACUUCGAUAUAUUUAUGGUCUGAUAAGGGAAAAUUGUGAUUUAUUUUGAUGAAUACUUGUCACAACGUAAGAAAAACAUAAACAAUCCGCUACAAAAUGCAUUGAUUACGGCUGGGUCGAGAUAUAUUGUUAUAUAUAUUAUAUUUAUAUACACAUAUGUAUAUUCAAAUGUGCGAGAUGUCAGCAACAAUAACAUUUGAUAAUAACAAGUAAGGGCCGUCAAGUGGAAGCAAUUUCGUGUUUUAACCGAUAAACGUGAGAACCCGAGGUCUAAUUUAAGUCCCCUUUCACUUCCCACCCUUUUCUUAUAAGGAUGGGAAGGAGGGGAUUUAACGGAAGUGGGGACGCAUAGGGGAAAUAUCCACUGUCUGUGCGUCCCCCCUAUUCGUCGAUUAAAGGUAGAAAACGCAUUUGCAAUCACGGACUUGUAUGAACAUCGGUCGCUUCGCUAUUUCGGCGAAUUUAGGUGGUCGCUAGAUCCUUUUCCACAUUAUUAUGCAAAACAAAUAUAUAAAGCUCGCUACCACGGAUAAGAUAUAGUAUUUUAUAUUAAAAUUUUAAAUUAGUAUUUAUCGGAGGGAGAUGAGUUAAGUUGGCUACUCUUUGAAUGUUGAUCACAGAAUAUGAAUUGUUUACAUUUUAGUUAUUGCUAAAAUUAUUAGUCAUUUUAUUUCAUUGUUCUGGUACUUAGAAA